CUCCCUCCCCUCUCCCCCCCCUCGGACGGGGCAGCCCCCACGCCCCCCACAUCCGGGGCCGCCCCUGCCGCCGCGCCCUCCUGUUUGUGCCCCACGGCGACGUGGCCGCGCCAGGCCCUCUCUCCUGCCUGCGCCCGGCCGUGACUCAGUUUCCCCAGGGGCCCCGCGAGGCCCCGCCCACCCUUCCCUUCCCACCGCCCCACCCGCCCCGAGGCACAUCCGCCCCGCGGGCUCCCGGGACGCCACGGCCACCCCGAGCGCGCCCCAGACCCUGCAAGGGGCCUCCGGACACCCCAGGUGUGCCUGAGCCAGUUGCCUCGGCCCAAUGGGGUGGUGACCGUCCCUGCUCGGCUCCCGCGCCAUGUGGUCCAACGGCAGCUCCCCGGGGCCCUGCUUCCGGCCAACCAACAUCACGCUGGAGGAGCGGCGCCUGAUCGCCUCGCCCUGGUUCGCCGCCUCCUUCUGCCUGGUGGGCCUGGCCUCCAACCUGCUGGCCCUGGCCGUGCUGGCCGGCGCCCGGCAGGGCCCAUCACACACCCGCUCCUCCUUCCUCAGUUUCCUCUGCGGCCUGGUGCUCACCGACUUCCUGGGGCUGCUGGUGACCGGCGCCAUCGUGGUGUCCCAGCACAUCGCCCUGCUCGACUGGCACCGCCAGGACCCCACCUGCCGCCUCUGCCGCUUCAUGGGCGUGGUCAUGGUUUUCUUUGGCCUGUGCCCGCUGCUGCUGGGUGCCGCCAUGGCCUCGGAGCGCUACCUGGGCAUCACCCGGCCCUUCUCGCGCCCGGCGGCCUCCUCGCAGCGCCGCGCCUGGGCCAUGGUGGGGCUGGUGUGGGCGACCGCCAUGGCACUGGGCCUGCUGCCCCUGCUGGGCGUGGGCCGCUACACCGUGCAGUACCCGGGCUCCUGGUGCUUCCUCACACUGGGCGCGGAGCCGGGCGACGUGGCCUUCGGCCUGCUCUUCGCGCUGCUCGGCAGCCUCUCGGUGGGCCUGUCCUUCCUGCUCAACACGGUGAGCGUGGCCACGCUGUGCCACGUCUACCACGGGCAGGAGGCCGCCAAGCAGCGCCCACGGGACUGUGAGGUGGAGAUGAUGGCUCAGCUCCUGGGCAUCAUGGUGGUGGCCAGUGUCUGCUGGAUGCCGCUGCUGGUGUUUAUUGUGCAGACGGUCCUGCGGAACCCACCCGCCAUGAGCCCAGGCGGGCAACUGCCCCGGGCCACCGAGCACCAGCUGCUCAUCUACCUGCGUGUGGCCACGUGGAACCAGAUCCUCGACCCCUGGGUGUAUAUCCUUUUUCGGCGUGCUGUGCUCCGACGUCUCCACCCGCGCCUCAGUGCCCGGCCCAGGCCACUGUCCCUGCGGCCCCAGCUCGUCCGGGGGUCCAUGUUGCAGUGAGAUGGACAGAAGCUAGAGCCUCUUGGAAAGGACAGAUGGAUGGAUGGACGGACAGAGGGCCUCUGCCAGCACGUCCCCCCCAUUAAAGCCUCUGUCUGCCCAUUCUGAUUCCUGGAGCUGGAGAUACUGGGAUGGACGCAGGGUUUGAGUGGCGGGGUUGAACACUCUCUUCUCCCAGACCUGGGGGUCCCCCAGUUCCUCCCUGAGCCCCUUUCCCCCAUCCCCACCCCCCAUUCCCGACAUGGCACUCCUCCCAAGCCUGGGAAGAAAGAAAUUAGACUUCCAAGGCUCAGCGGGAAACCUUCCCAGAAAAGGAUUUCCUUCCAGAAUUUCCUCACGCAACGAGGAAUUCCCCAAGCCCAGCAUAGAAAGAACCUGCUUGCUCAGGUCCGGAUUUGACUCCAUGUUUUAGUUUCCUUGGCCACUCGAGCAAAUACCAUGGAAUGGGAAAGCUUCCUGGGAAUCGAUUAGCUCAUGGUUUUGGAGCCGGGAAAAUGUCCAAAUCAAGGCAUCGUCAGGGUGAUGCUUUCUCCCCAAAGACCGUGGCGUUCUGGGGCCGGCUGCCAGCAAUUCGUGGCUCCUGUGGCAUGCGGCGGUGGCUUCUGGUGUCUUCUGUCUCUUCCAGGUUGUGUUCCAGUUUCCCACUCUCUGUGGUUUUCUCUCCGUCUGAAUUUCAUUCCACUUAUGAAGGACUCCAGUAAUAGGCUGAAGCCCCAUCCUGAAAAAUGUGGGCCUCACCUUAACCGAAGUCACCUCAACAAAAGGUCCUACUUACGGUGGGUUCAAACCCAAAGGAACGGAUUAGAUUUAAGAGCGUUUUUUUCCGGGGUACGUACAGCUGCGAGCCAUCACCCUCUCUCCCUUUGAAACCCCAACCCUCUCGCCAAAAUGUAUCUGUGUCCCAGCUUUAUUA